AUGGCUGACCACAAGUGUCCGCACGACGAGAACAGAAAAAAAGUGUGCGCCCCGUGCGGUAAAAAAAUUACUUGUGGCACGAAAAAACUAGAAUAUUUUCUGAUAAACGAGCGACAUUUAAACUUGGUAAAAAAGUUUGUAAAUCCAGAUUAUAAUCUUUGUGAUUCCAAAUUUCCUGUGAGUAUUUGUGACACAUGCAGAAGAACUCUUAACGACUAUGACAAAAAUAAUUCUACGAGGCCACUCCCAAAAAUGCCAAAUUAUGAGGAUCUUUUAUUACCAAAAGCAACAAGAACUACUCAGGACACCUGCAAUUGCUACAUUUGUCUCACUGGGAGAUUCAAGGCCCACACAAAAAUUAUAACGGGUAGAGGUGCUAUGCGGAACUUUGAGACGGUGAUAGAUAGUAGUAAUGGGCUAAAUGGCGCCUCGAGAAUUGAUAAACUGCCAUGCAAAAUGAAAAGUGACCAAGAAAAGAGCAUCAUGAACGUUUGCAAAAUUUGUUUUCAAGAAUUUGGGCGUGGAAAGGUCCAUCCCUGUGGUUCUGCCUCAGUUGUUCGUGAUAAUUUUCAAAAUCUAAUAAUCAGUAAGCUACCUCAGAAACAGCAAGAACAAGUGGCUUCACAUAUUAUAAACCAGAAAAUAGAAUCAGCUGGAGCUACUACCAGAACGAAUGCUACAUUGGAAUUGAGUACGUCGGGGUCAAAAUCCAGAAUUACUAUUAAUCCAGCCUCAAGUUCACAGGUAACUUUUAGUUCUGAAACUCUAGACAAUUUCCAAGACAAUAUUGGAGCCUCACAGAAGCAAAUGAAACAGGUCACCAACCUCCUGCGAUCGUCUGCUGGGAAAAAAUCUGUACCAGUGUAUUUUUCCAAACAUACUUCAGAGCGUUCUAAAUUAUUGGAGGAAAUCUACCACAAUUCUAUGCUCGAAUUCGAUAUUGAAGGUUCCAAGGCGAAAGAGCAGAGACCCGUCAUUUGGGCGAACGCAUCUGAAUUGUUGGAUGCUGUGGUUGAGAAGCGGAUUAUUAUUGGAAAUGUCGUGGUGAAAAUUAUGGCUGACGGGGGCCAAGGGUUUUUCAAAAUCUGUAUGACUGUAUUGCCUGAAGAUUACUUUUGUGAAAAUUAUGAAGUAUCGGAGAAAAAGAGAAAACUUUAUGCAGAAGGUGGUAGUGUAGGGGUGAAACCGAAAUUGUGCAGUGUAAAUAGAUUGCUCAUGAUGUGUACUGUGCCGAACAUCAAGGAAUCGUACGAUAAUUGCAAACUGAAAAUCAAUGAUAUAUCUUUUAAAUUUGUUUGCGAUUUCAAGCUGUUAUUAAUAAUUAAUGGGCAGCAGACAGCUACGUCGUCUCACCCUUGUCCAUUUUGUUUUGUCAGUCUCAAAACAUUGCGAAAUUGCCAACAACUUGAUACUAUAGAACGCACCUCAGAGUGCAAUGACCAAAACUCCGAUUCUGAGAUAGACGAUAGUGAUCAGCCCCUGAGAUUGAAGACUUAUGGGGAUUUAAAAAAAGAUUAUAAGAUGUUCCUUUCUGCUGGAAACGCCAAAAAAUUUGCCAAACAUUACCACAGCACAAUAAAUCCCCCACUUUUUAUCGAGAAUGACGACCGUUUGGUGAUUGAAAAAUGUGUGAUACCAGAACUUCACAUUCUGCAGGGGUUUACAAAUCAUCUUUUUUGGAAAGGACUGGUGCCCCUGCUUGGAAGAGAAAAGGCACUCGUUUGGGCACUAAAAGUCCAAGUGAUUUCCAAGAAUUACCACGGGGAAGUGUUUGAAGGUAACGCGUGCCGUAAAUUGCUGAAAAAUGCUGACAAACUCAAUGAUCAAGAUAUCUACGGCCAUGUUGGGUAUUUCAAAAUUCUGCCCUUUAUUCAAGCUUUUAAGGAAAUGAAUAAACUUGUGGACUGCUGUUUUUCCACAGGCCCAGUUUAUUCAGACAUAGAACCAAGAGUAAACGAACUACGCAGAGCAUUUUUGGCGACUGGAAUUUCAGAAACAUUAAAAAUCCACGUACUGACGAGACAUUUAACCGAUUGUCUGGAAUUUUUAUCUGGUUUUGGAUUAGGAGAUUGGUCAGAGCAAGCUGGUGAAUCCGUGCACCAUGAGUUUCUGAAAUUUUGCAUAGAUAUAAGAUAA